AUGAGUUCUCAAAUCGCCCCCGCCGCGGCCACUGGCCCAGCGUCGCAGCCUGAAGCCAAAGUUACCGUCCUAUCCCACCCCCCUAUCCGCAUACUCGCCAACCCAACUGCGCAGGCAUACUCGCAUCUCCAUCCGAUCCUAAUAGGGUCUAUAUUCGCUCUUCGAUUCAAUGCCCUAGUAUCUGAUCCAGUUACGACCCUGUCUACUCUUUUACCGGUAUUCGCGGUGCUGCAGAUAAUAUACGUCAGUAUAUGUUUACCUGCUGCGGGCGCAGCUCUCGGAAGCUCAAAUAAGGCGCGUUCCAGUGGGAAGAUCGGGGCAGGGUCCAAGCGGAAAGACCAAGAGGCGUCAAUUGGCUCCAAGGUUGUUCCUGCCAUCCUUUCUCUGAGUCUUCCACUGGUCCUGGGGACUCCAGGCCUCUCUGUCCUUCUCGUUUUGUUCGGUGCCCCUUUCACAACCCAUUUACCACAUACCGCUCUAUGUGCCGCUCACAUGUCGAUUCUUGGGGGUACUGGCCUGGUCUACGUCCAUGGGACAGAUGUGGCUGUUUGGCGUGAAAUAUGGAGUAUAUCCAAGGCGUUUGAUGCCGUAUGGGGUGGUACUAUCUGUAUGGCACUGGGCGCAUGGCUAGGUGCCGUGCCUAUUCCGUUAGAUUGGUAA